AAAACGAAGCGAUGAUUCGAUCGUUUCUUUGCUUUUUCUUUACAAAAGAAGUUAGAAGAAAAAUUACGGCUCAUUUUAAAUCAUAAAAAAUUUAUUGCGUACGCAUAUUUGAAAUAAUUUUUUUUUUUUUUGAUGGUAUUUUUUUAAUUGUACUUUUUCAUUUUAUUUUUUUAUAAAAUAUAAUUAUUUUUUCUAAAUUUUUAAUUUUUUAAAUCAUUACCUUUUUUUUUAACUGUUAAUAUUAUCAGCUUAAUAACAAAUUGUAAUUUUUUGCAAUUUGAAAGGACAAUUUUGUUUAAACAAAACACGAUAAAAAAAGUAGAGGAUUAUUUUUAGGCUUCCCUCCCUACGUAGCUUUGCAAACAUAAAUCGAACUACAUAAAACUUUUCACUUUAAAUACAAAAUGGUGAACUCAAAGAAUAAUAACUCCGGAAAGAAGGCUUUUGGCGUUUCUUUUCUUACCAAAUUGGCCAUAUUUUCUGUUUUAGUUGGGAGCUUGAACACCUUUACUUUUAGUAACAAUGGUGAGUGCUCAAACAACCAAGUUGCCGUCGGAUCCGCGUCAACUGCACAAUACGGCAGAUGGUUAGCGGAAAAUGAAGAACCAUCAUCUUCUUCUUCCUCCGGCAAAAAAAGCAAAGGUAAAUCAAGUAAAAAAAAGAAAGAUUCCAAAAAAAGCAAAAAAAAAAAUGAAUGCCCAUUAGAAGACGAAUCAUGCUGCCCUCAGUUUCCCCAAGAAGUUAACGAAGAAGAAAUGGAACAAUUAGGAAGCAUAUUUCAAGAGUUAUCAGAUAAGUUAAAUGUAGGAGAGCAUUUAAAACAAUAUGAAGGACAGAUGGAGGAAUUCGCAAAGAAAUUUGAAGAAGGUAAUGAGGAAAGUCUAAACAUGGACUUUUGUAAAGAUUUAUUUGGAAAUUUGGCAGAUUCUUUGAUAGAAGCAUAUGCUAAAGAUACAAGUGAUGAAAAGAAAAUGAAAAUGAAAAGAAAUGCUCAAAGAGCUACCAACAGGUUGCUUAAGUACUGUUUGAAAGAGCAGAAAAAACAACACACAAAAAAGGAAAAGAAAAAGAAUAAAGGAAAGGGUAAAGGAAAGGGCAAAGGAAAGGAAGCUGAAAUUGAACAUGAACCUAAAAUUGAUGAAACAAGUGUAGAGGAAUUUGAAAAGGAAUUUGAAAGGGUAAUGGAAAUGGAUAAUGACACAGAAAAUUAAAAAGAGAGUACAAAAUAAACGACCUCUUUUGCCACUCCCUCCCACCACCACAUAUUGUUGUAUAAGUAAAAAAAAAAAAUGCACACUUGGAUUGUAAUUAUACAAAGAAAGAGAGGUGAGGAGGAGGAAGAAAAAUGCGGAAGACUCAACCGGUAGAGGUUCCUCUCAACGUAUUGUUAAUUAUGUACAUGCUUAAAUAAAUGCGGGAUUAGCCGAAUCGUAACUUUUCGUGUUGCUGCUGACACGGUGACUUUCGCCUCCCUCUUUUUAACACUGAGAUGAUAACAGCACAAUUUUGAGACAAAUGCAUGCCGUAGUAGAUAAUGUGUAAACAACUCCUACAUGCGUGGCAGUGCAGACAUUCGAUUUUUGUUCUUUUUAACUUUGCAAAAAUGUUUUCUUAUUCCUUUUCACGUUGUUUAUAUGUGCAUUAUAUAUGCUGAGCUUUUCAUUUAUUUUUUUUUUCCCCACAUAUUAGCAGUAUGGGCGCCAGACACAGGCUUUGCUUUUCAACGCGUGUAUAUAUAUAUAUAUACACAUAUAUAUAAAUUAUACGUACCUUCUUGUUUGUGUAAAAAAUAAAAUUUUCCCCUUUUUGUUACUUCUUUCGUGUUUGUUGAUUAGUGUCCAUGCACCUGCAUAUGCUUACAUGAUGACCCCCCAAUAUAUUUCCCCCUUUGUGCAUAUGUGCGUGUAUAUAUGUACGCCUCUCAUGUUUUUAUGUACAUACACGCGUGUAAUGAAAAAAUUAGCUCCAAUGUUUAUAUCACUUUAUAUGAUUAUAACGAACUGAUGAAAAUAAAUUCGUAUCAAUUAAAUUACCAAUG